AUGAGCCUUUUCCACAGUUACGCGAUGCGAGAUGUAGUAGAGGUGGAGCCAGUGUAUUUACCCGAUGGGGAAGUCAAAAGACAGCGCAAUACCACCGGAGAGGGGUCCCCUGACGCACAGGCUUAUCAGUGCACGGUUGAUGAUAUUCUGAUGCACCGGCUGACGGAGCGGUAUGUGGGGAGAAUUGUCCCCUCCCUUGGCUUAUGUGUGGCUAUCCAUGAGGUGGCGCACUAUACAUCCGGUAUCGUGCGCGGUUCCUCCGCGUCUGCUUGGUUUACGGUGCAGUUCCGUGUGUGUGUUUUCUCGCCUACACCAGGGGCCCGUGUGCGGGCAACGAUUGGCGCGCAGACACGUGAAGGUAUAUUUCUUUCUUUGGAUUUUUUUCAGUUCGUGUUCUUUGUGCCGGGUGACCAGCUCAUUGCACCGUCCUUCUUUGACGAGGGGAAUCAAUGUUGGAUGCUUCGCGUUGAUGAUGGCACCGAUGAGGAUGCAGUUAAUCCCUACGAGAAGGGUGAUGAAGUGGUUGUACGUGUGGAUCGCGUUAUUGUGCGGGAUCCUGUGGACCUGCAUCGCGCAGAAGGGGCGAGAGGCUCGACUUCCAAUGCGAUGGGUAAUGCUGACGGCACCCGCAGUGCAACUGGUGGUCUCAAAGACUCGGGAAGGGAACCACAGGUGGAGAAGUGGCCGAUGGAGGUGUACGGCAGUUUUGUGGGAACGGGACUCGGCCCGGUAGUGUGGUUUUGA